GAGUGCGAGUGAGUGUGUGUGCGUGCGUGCGUGCUCUGCUGUUGCUGCCCUUUGAUCCCUGCAUUAGUGUUAGUUAGGGGCUCGGAGACACACUUGCACCGAGAGCAGCCAUAGUCAAGACACGGCAACAACAACAGCGGCACCUCCUCCGCCUGUGUUCCCAUUCCCCAACAAUACACUUUAAACCGAGCAAAGCCAGGUGCACGAACAAGUCCCUGCCAUCACUGGCGCCUCCAGUCUCAAUGGGAAAAACCUUUUUUCUUCUUAUCCCUAAACAAGGACGAGAAUGUGAUUAAAAACGGGGGAAAAUGCCAAGGAGGAAGCAGGAGCAACCCAAGCGCCUGCCUUCACAUGUGGACAGCAAUGAGGAAGGAGGGCCUGAUGACGGUCCUGUGGAGGAGGAAGGCUGGUUUGGGAAUGCUUCUGACACACGCUCAGAGUCGUCGUCCUAUGGAGACACCCAGGAUGAGCUCCUCCUGGCCAGGGGCUCCUCUCCUGAUGAGCGGCCUGGAGUCAGCACUGGGUCCGGGGACCACGAUACCUGUGGAGGUGAGAGCUCAUUGGGUUGCCCCACACCCGUCCAUCGUGCCUCUUUGGAACUUCUUGGACUGGAUGGAGGUGCAUUCUCGGCCCAGGACACACUCUCUUCUGUGGUAUCAUCACUGUAUGGUGAGGCAGCAUCUCGGGCUCUGGGAAAACCCCUCAGCAGCAACCUACGGCGCCUCCUAGAGGCUGGGUCGCUGAAACUUGACACUGGGGAGCUCCUGGGUCGGUCAUCCAGGGGAGGUGCUGGGGGGGAAUCUCCUCCAAUAGGUUUAGCCCCACCUCUGACCCUCUCCCCAUCUUCCCACCAUGCCCAGCAGUUAAGUGCUCUUGCCCGAAAACUGGCCAAUAACAACAACAGCGGCUCAGCCUCACCAGCCUCCUUGGCACCCUCAGUUACCAACAUUAAGCAAGAGCCCCUUGACCCCUUUAACUCCGUCACCCCUAGUAACGGCAGUGGCUUUGUAUGGGCAGGUGUUGCAGAUAAAUGGCCACCGGCCAGCUGCUCCACGCCAUGCGGCUCCAGCCUGUCCCCAGACUCUGCAAUCCAGAAGUUAAAAGCAGCAGCGAAUGCUGUACUUCAAGACAAGAAUGCCGUGGCCUCCUCCUCAACGACUUCCUCCUCCUCCUCCACCUCUGCCUCAUCUGCAGUGCCCGCCCUCGGAGGCAGUGGUCGAGGAGAUGAUGUGGUGCGCUUUGAUGCCUUCAACUCUCCAUUCAGCCCACAGUCAGCUAGCUCCACCCUCGCUGCACUUUCUAAGAAAGUCAGUGAGCGGAGCCAAGCCUCGUCAACGACCAGUGCUGCUACUGACCACCAAUCCUCAGCCAGUUCCUUUCUCUCACUUGUGUCAAUGACCUCUUCUGCUGCCUUGCUCAAAGAGGUGGCAGCCAGGGCAGCGGGAAACCUGCUGGCAGAGAAGAAGGAUGGUUCCUCCUUGGCGACUGCUGGGGUCCUCCAAGAGGAUGUGAAGCCCUUGCUGGACAAGAACCAGAAGGCUACCACACCCUCUACACCCACCCAGAGCCUGGACUUGCUAUUGCCCUCUACUCCAAAGAGCAGAGGCAAGCCCAACAGCCAAGCAGGCUCUCCUGAGGAUGGUGGCAAACCAUUCCAGUGUCCUGUGUGUGGACUGGUCAUCAAACGCAAGAGCUACUGGAAGAGACACAUGGUCAUCCACACAGGCUUGAAAAGCCACCAGUGUCCGUUGUGUCCCUUCCGCUGUGCUCGCAAAGACAAUCUUAAGUCCCACAUGAAGGUACAUCAGCACCAGGACCGGGGUGAGACAUUUCAGUGCGAACUUUGCCCCUUCACCUCCUCCCGUCACUUCAGCCUGAAGCUUCACAUGCGCUGCCACCAGCACUUCCCCCGCACAGACGUCAAGGUGAAAGAGGAGCUCACCACCGACACUGAGGGCGAGGGCUCCCUGAUGGGUGACAGCAGCUCCGCAGACCUGAGAGGAACGGAGGUGUCCCCGCUGCACUCAGACACCCAGCAGCAGACCUCUCCCUCGGUCGAAGCACCCUCCAAUCACGUCCACAUCAAGGAGGAGCAACAGGAGAGAGAUCUGUCUGUGCUCUCCCCCUUUAGCAUGUGCAGGGACCGUCCCAGCAGCAGUGCCAACUCCCUGGACCUACCUGGAGUUGGGGUAGGAGUCGGGCUCAGAUCCAGUCCCAGUGGUCCAACCACAGCCUCCCUCUUCAGCCCUGACAUCACUACCAAGACGGCUACUGACCUGCUUAUGAAGCUUUCAGCGGCCAACCAGAGGGAGACGCUUAAGUCUCCAUUCCACCUGAAGGAAGAGCCCAAAGUGGAGGAAGCGUUGAGCCCUAGACCAUCCUCCCAGUCCCAAAGCCAGGUACAGCCAAGCUUCCCUUUCUGCCAGGACGGGCCAGUGGGGGCUGUAGCGUCUACAGAGCGUCCAGGGUCGCUGAAACCAAGGGAUGGAAGCCCAAUGGCUAAGAACAGCUUGCUGAGCCAGGAUAUCAACGUUAAGGUGGCCUCUGAGCUGCUGAUUAAGCUUUCAGAGAACAACAAAGACCAGUACCAGGAUCAGUAUAAGGUGAAAGUAAAGGUGGAGCCCAUGGAGGUGGACCCACCCCCUGCAGAACUCACCCCACCAGCCUCUCACCUGCUGGCCUUCAGCACUUUAGGGGCUAGUGAGAAGACCGAGCCAAUGAGUAACCUCCCCGAGACGUUGGCCCGCCCCCAGAAAGACCUCUUCUCCCAGGACAUAUCGGUCAAAAUGGCCUCGGAACUGCUGUUCAAACUGUCAGAAAAAGUCAGCAAAGCCAACAACCACAAAGACAGUAACAUGGUGGGAAUAAACAGUCCAUUCCUGGACGAGUGCUUCAGACAAUCACCCUUUAACUCGCGCUCCAAGAGCUCUUCCCCCGCAGAAGCCAGCUCCUCUACCAGGGCACUAUUCCACGACUCAGAAAAGGAUGAUGGGGAACCGGGAAACGGGUUUGCCCAGUGGAGACUAAAUGAACAGCUCUUCCCCUGUCCUGUCUGUGGCAAGGUUUUCGGUAGACAGCAGACUCUUUCUAGACACCUGUCUCUUCACACAGGAUCAGAGUUACAGUUGGGGUCAGGCGAAGAAGAGCGGAAGUACAAGUGUCACCUGUGUCCUUACGCAGCCAAGUGUAGGGCUAACCUCAAUCAGCACCUGACCAUCCACUCUGUCAAGCUGGUCAACACGGACGCUGAGCAGAUCGUCAGCGCUGUUACAGCCGACUCUGCCGAGCGCAAGAACUGCCCCUUCUACUACAGCUGCCAUGUGUGUGAUUUCCAGACGGAGCUGAAUGCCCAGUUUGUCAGCCACAUGUCGCUCCAUGUGGACAAGGAGCAGUGGAUGUUCUCGCUCUGCUGCAGCGUCUGUGACUACGUCUGCAUGGAGGAGAACGACAUGAAGAACCACAUUAGUACUGGACAUGCAGGUCUAAACUCAAGGAGUCCCCUCAGUGAGACCAAGAGUACCUCCUCGUCCCUCUCGGCCCUCAGCGACUCACUCAACAGCUCAGAGGGCGGAGACCUCACCCACGGUAAUGAAGAACUGCGGGGCCUGCUCGCCCCGCCCUCCACCGCAGGCAGCCAGUCCAGCUCUGGAAGCCAUUCAGGAUCAGGAACUGAGGACAAGUCUGACAAAGGCUUCGAGUGUGUCUUCUGCAAUUUUGUGUGCAAGACGCGUAGCAUGUAUGAACGGCACCUCCAGAUCCACCUCAUCACGCGAAUGUUUGAGUGCGACGUCUGCCACAAGUUCCUCAAGACGCCCGAGCAGCUGCUGGAGCACAAGAAGUGCCACACCGUCCCCUCCGGAGGGCUCAAGUGCCCUUUCUGCAUCUAUUCCACCAAUCGUCCAGCGGCCAUGGAGUGCCACCUUAAGACGCACUGUAAGAUGGAGUACCGCUGCCGCAUCUGCCAGGGACUGUGGCCCGACCAGGCCUCAUUGGAGGCGCACAUGCGCGGGCACCGCCUGGGCAACCACUACAAGUGUGAGCAGUGUGGCUACUUGUCCAAGACGGCCAAUAAGCUGAUCGAGCAUGUGCGUGUGCACACGGGCGAGCGGCCCUUCCACUGCGACCGCUGCUCUUAUAGCUGCAAGCGCAAGGACAACCUCAACCUGCACAAGAAGCUGAAGCACGCGCCGCGCCAGACUUUCGGCUGCCAAGAGUGCCCUUUCACCACCACACACCCCUUUGUCUUCAGCCGCCACCUCAAGAAACACCAGAGUGGAGGAGCCGGGGGACUGGACGGAGGCUUGGGAGGAGAAGACGUGGAGGAAGAUGAGGAGGCAGGAGAGGAAGAGCUCCCGCUCCAGGGAACAUGCCCAGGGGGCUCUUCAUCGCGGAAGAGCCAGGAGAACUUCCUGUUCAGCAGAGGAGGAGGAGGGAGCAGUGGAGGCAGUGGGAGUAACAGCCCACUCUUGAGUCUAACGGCAUCCCACGCACUCCAAUCCGUUGCCCUGUCACUCACACUUGGCAAGUCCUACCAGCUGGACGCCGCCGGCCCUCUGCACUGCUUGGUCAGCGCUAACGGCAACAGCGCCGCCAGAAACCCCGGCGGCCCGAGCAGUGGCAGUGGCGGUGGCGGCGGCCCCUCCCUCUUCCUCCCCUCCUCCCGCCACGUGUUCGAGCAGUACAGGAACUGCGACCGAGCGCACCUGAUCCCCCUCACCACCUUGUUCACCCACAACAGCCGCUUCACAUUCCACUCGCACCUCCACUCCAGAUGGCGGCCCGCCACAUCUCCUCUCCUCUUCUCCUCCAACUCGGCGUCCCCCUCCCGCUCUCCCCCCUCGCCCUCCUCCCACAAACACUCCUUCCUGGCCUACCUGGGACUGAUGGAGAGGGCUAAGACUGUUUGACCUCGGCCCGCCCCCUCCUCCGCUCCUCGCUCUUUCCCGCACUCCUCGGACGGUGGUGUGAAUGACACUCGACCACUGCAGUGGGAGUGACGUCUUUUUCCAAUCAGACCAGCAGAAUAAGCUGGACCAGACAAAGAUAUUGAAGAAAGGACAAAAAAAAAAAAAACAUUUAUAA